AUGGGAGCAUUUUUAUCAGCCCUAGGUAAAAAUGGCGAUUCGACGGUACCAGAUUUAAAUCUUGAUCUUGAAAACGCUACACCAACACAAGCAGAAUCAGUAUUAUAUGCACAUGUUUCUGCUCUACUUCGACCAACCGAUGCACUCUUAGAUUCAUUACGAAGUUAUGAAGGAUGUGGAGAUCUAAUUAGGAAAGCAAUCUCUAACCCGACACCUGAUAAUGAAGAAGAAGCUUGGCAAGCAGUUCAACCUGCAGUCGUCAAAUUAAAACGAUAUUUUGAAUAUUCAGGUUCACUUGAGGAUGCCUUACCAGAGUUAUUAAAAGCACUUUGUGAAGGAAACGUGAGAAGAAAUAUUGAACAGCAUCAAGCACUUACAAAACUAUUAGCUGAUAUACUAGAUUUUUCUUUUGAGUUUGACUAUUUAAAGAUGAAAACACCUUCUAUUCAAAAUGACUUUUCCUAUUACCGACGAACUCUGAGUCAUUUGAAAACUGCGAUGAUCGAGGAUGAACUUGCCAAUCGAAUUUCCUUAUUUUAUGCAUAUCCAACACCCAUGCUGAAAACUGUUACUGAUGUAACUGCACUUUUUGUUGCCAAGAACAAUCUUGGACGAAGUGUAUCAGAAUGUUUAUCAGGAUUAGCGGCGGCAUGCUAUCAUGCGGUUAUUAAAAAAAGAACACAACGACCUGAAACAACAGCUUUUUGUUUAAGAGUAAUGGUAGUAUCAAUUAUAUUAUAUGAUCACAUAGAUCCACAAGGAGCUUUUAAUAAACAAUCCCCUAUUAAUAUAAAAUCAUCUGUUAAAGCCAUUCAAAUACAUGGUACAAAUGAAUAUACAAAUCUGAUGUCUGCUCUACGAUUCAACACCAAACAUUUAAAUGAUGAUUCUACACCAAAAAAUAUAAAACAACUGCUGAGUAGUCAUUAA